AUUUGUUUGUGUGGAUGGACAGUUUACGUGUGCGCUGCUCUGUGUGUGGGGUAACGCUGAGACCUACGGCCGGUUGGUUAUUUUUGGGUUAGUGACAGCGUGUCAAUGGCCGCAGAUGCAUCGGAAAGGAAGGCUCUGAGGUACAAGCAAACUCUGCUCUAUGGGGAGUACCAGGAGCACCAGGGAGGCUCAGGACGACGCGAGGCCACCCGGCUCCUGACAGAGAGGCAGAUCAAGAAACAUGGAGGUCACGGACUCAGCCGUAAACAUGGGUCGGGUCGACGGAGUCUUGGGCAGAAUGGGAGCCGCUACAGCCGCUACAGGAGCCGCAGGCAGUCCAACAUGGAGGGGCCCCCAUCCGAGGAGCAGCCCGAACCAGAGCUCCCCUCCUCCUUGAAGAAACAACGCUCCAUCUCCAAAUGUCCAGACUGCGUUUGCCGGGUGCAGCGUUUCCUGGUGACGCGGCUCGGAGAGGACUGGAUCUUCCUGGUUCUUCUGGGAAUCACUAUGGCCCUGGUGAGCUGGUCCAUGGACUACGCCAGUGCCAAGAGCCUGCAAGCCUAUAAUUGGAUCUAUGGAGAGCUGAAAGGACACAUCGUUCUGCAGUAUGUGGCUUGGGUCUCGUAUCCUCUACUCUUUAUCCUGUUCUCCUCCCUCUUCUGUCAUCUCGUCUCUCCUCAAGCCAUCGGGUCUGGUAUCCCAGAGCUGAAGACCAUCCUCAGAGGAGUGGUGCUUAAGGAAUAUCUCACACUAAAGGCUUUUGUGGCCAAAGUUAUUGGUCUUACGAUGGCUCUGGGCAGCGGUAUGCCUGUGGGAAAAGAGGGCCCAUUUGUGCACAUUGCCAGCAUCUGUGCUGCUGUCCUUAGUCGCUUCAUGUCAUUCUUCUCGGGAGUUUACCAGAACCCGUACUGUUACACGGACAUCCUGACUGUGGGCUGUGCUGUGGGAGUGGGUUGCUGCUUCGGGACGCCACUUGGAGGCGUGCUGUUCAGUAUUGAGGUGACGUCCACAUAUUUUGCAGUCAGAAACUACUGGAGAGGAUACUUUGCUGCUACUUUCAGUGCAUUCAUCUUUAGAGUCUUAUCAGUCUUCAAUAAAGAUGCAGUGACGAUUACUGCUCUGUUCAGGACAAACUUUCGGAUGGAUUUCCCUUUCGACCUCCAGGAGCUGCCUGCCUUUGCCAUAAUUGGGAUUUUCUGUGGAUUCCUGGGGGCUUUCUUUGUGUAUCUAAACAGACAAGUUGUUCUGUUCAUGAGACGACCCAACGCCAUGACGCGCUUCCUGACCAAACAUCGUCUGCUGUUCCCAGCUGUGGUCACUCUGGUCAUCGCCUCCCUGACCUUCCCUCCUGGUUUUGGGCAGUUCAUGGCAGGAGAGCUUAUGCCCAGGCAGUGCAUCAACUCCCUGUUUGACAACUACACAUGGUCGAAGCUGUCACGCUCUUCUCCUCCCUCUGCUCUGGACCUGUCUAGAGCCUGGUUACACCCUGACGUCAGCGUUUUCAUCAUCCUGCUCCUGUUUUUCAUUAUGAAGUUCUGGAUGUCUGCAGUGGCCACCACCAUGCCCAUUCCCUCAGGAGCCUUCAUGCCUGUCUUUAUACUCGGGGCUGCGUUUGGGCGCCUGGUGGGAGAGAUCAUGGCCUCUCUGUUUCCUCACGGCAUUGUGUUUGAUGGGAUACUGUACCGGAUCAUCCCUGGAGGGUACGCAGUCAUUGGAGCAGCAGCUAUGACCGGAGCCGUGACGCACACCGUCUCCACUGCGGUGAUCUGCUUCGAGCUGACAGGACAGAUCUCCCACAUCCUGCCCAUGAUGGUAGCAGUGAUCUUGGCCAACAUGGUGGCUCAGGGCCUGCAGCCGUCCCUCUACGACUCCAUCAUCCAGGUCAAGAAGCUGCCCUACCUGCCCGAGCUUGGCUUUGGACAUAUUAGCCAGUACAAUAUCUUUGUGGAAGACAUCAUGGUGAGAAAAGUGAAGUUUAUCUCCUCUCAUUCGACAUACAGAGAGGUCAAACAUCUGCUGGACUCCACCUCUCUGAAAACAAUACCUCUGGUCGACUCAAAAGAUUCUAUGAUUCUUCUGGGCAGCAUCGAUAGAGUGGAGCUUUUGGCGCUCUGUGAUUGGUGGCUGUCCCCAGAGAGGCGGCUGCUAAUGCAAGGCGACUGUUUGCAGGAGCAGAGCCAGGGCCAAAGACACAACUGGGAGACUCUGGCCUUUGUCGAUGAAGAAGAGGAGGAUAAAGAGAAGGACAUUCUAGAGGAGAGAAAUGGGCCCCUACCUCCAGCGAAACCUCCAGAUCCAUCAGACCACAGACCGAGCACCACAGACACGGGCCCUCUGCAGUCGAUGAGGAGUGCGCUGAGCAGUGUCUUUGCCUCUAGACCCAAACAGACCGAGGGCCAGUCCCAGGAGCCAAGUCCUCCUCCUCUGGCCGACACCAUGACUCCAGAAGAGAUAAAAGCGUGGGAAGAGGCCGAGAUGGACAAGCCCAUGGAAAUCGAUGAGAUUCGAGUGGACCCUUCACCUUUCCAGCUCGUGGAGCGGACGUCGCUGCACAAGACCCACACUCUGUUCUCUCUGCUGGGACUAAGCAACGCCUACGUCACCAGUAUCGGCAAACUAGUGGGAGUGGUCGCUCUGAAAGAGCUUCAGAAGGCCAUCGAAGGCUCCACUCGCUCUGGCGUGCGCCUCCGUCCUCCUCUGGCCAGUUUCAGGGACGUGAGCCACAAAUCUGCCCCCAAAUCCCACCCGGGCUCCACCUCUUCUUCUGGCCCCAACUCCCCCUCCUCCAACACUGCCACUACCACCUUCCCCUGUCCCCCUGUGCCCCCACAACCCCCACUAUCAACCCCCUCUCCUCCGGACCACCAACCCCACAGCUCUGAGAACGAAGCAGAGGUGUGGAUAGAAAGAGAGUCUAUAGUAGCAGACUAUAGUAGAAGUAGAAGUAAUAGUAGUAGUAGCGAUAGUAGUACACCGCCCUCUCCUCCACUUGUCCGUCCUCCACCACUCUUCAUCCCCUCCUCCGCCUCCUCCUCCCCGCCCUCGCCUAUGCCCCGGUCACUGCAGAGACUGUUUGUGAGAGAGGAGGGAGAUAGCGACGACGAAACAACACAAGUCUGACUCCAAUAUGUGAUGUCUCCUGUUUUUUAUAGUUAUUUUAUAUUUAUUAUAAACAUGUUUUUGUUUCUUAUUGUGGGACAAAAGACAUAUCAAGUUUGUCUAAAUGAAAAUUACAAUAUAUAUAUAAUAUAGGUUGAGAGGAUUUACUUAAAGCUGCACUGUAAAAUAAAAUAUUAAAAUUAAAUUUUAUAUGAAAUUUCCAAAUCUUAUACAGUAUUAUAGGUGUAAAGUGGAGUUAAUUGUCUUGGAGAAAUGCUGCGUUUUCUCUAAAUGCACUGAAAAGGCUUUAGUGCUUCAAGUCCAGCCUGAUUUUUAAAAAGUAAUUUUAUCCUGGCUGCUUUUAAAUUGAGAAAUAUAUAACAAAAAACUAUGUAUUUAGGAAAAUGAUUUUGUAAUUCAAUAGAUAAUGAUAUUCUUAUUCCAAAUCUUACCCUCAAAUCUCCAAAGCCAUGACAAAGACUGAAAUCUUUUGAGCUUUGAACAAUUUUCAUUCAUCAAGAAGCAAAAGCUCAUGACAUAAGCCACAAGAUCAUUAUGUUCCAUGUGAUACACACACAUUAUUCAUGUAUAUAUUUUUACUUUCCCCAUCUCAUGUCUCACAUUAGGCCGGUAGAGUAAUUAUGAAACUACCUAAACUUAUUUUAAAAUUCUAUCCUUGUUUUACUAGCGGAUCCAGGGUUGGGGGUGUCUUGAAAAUGUGUUGGGGUUUUUUGUUAGCUUUCUCAGGUGCCACCUUAAAAGUCUUUAAACCUUUAGUAUUUCUAUGUUCUUGCUCCAGUUUAGAUACUUAUCAAUGCAUUUUGAAAUGUAUUGUUAUCAAACUGUGAACUAUGCAGCUAAAUAAAGUUAUUUUGUCUG